AGGGGGGGGCGCCAAUGCCACAUUCCUGCUCCCCAGUUUACACAACCCAAAAGGGUUGUGGGUGAGCAAGUCGGUCGUUAUCUCUGCAGACCUUAAUGAAUUCACCGCCCCCUUUCAGCCCUCCCUCGCCCCCCUCCCUAUUUUCCACAGGUCCGGGGACCCGGGUCAGCCCCAACCGCGCUCCAAACGUGCACAAAUGACCUCUCGAAAUUAUCUCACAGCGCCGGGCUGCGGUUGCUACGACGACCAAUGCUCUUUGGGUUCGCAGCGAGCCGUGUGACAGUGACAUUGACGUCAGCCGGAGGCAGGCGGUGUGGCUGGAGUCUCCGGCGGAGCCCGAGCCGUAUGUGAGAAAUCUGCCGCGUCCGGGGCUGCUCGCUCGCUCGUUCCUGGCCGCCGCGCUUCCUCCGCCGAGCAGUCGGAGCAUGGCGCAUUAGAGAAGAAUUGCAUUUCUGCGGGGCGAGAUAAAAUCCUGAUAUCACCAUGGGAAAACAGAACAGCAAGUUACGCCCAGAAGUGAUGCAAGAUUUGCUAGAAAGCACAGACUUUACUGAACAUGAGAUCCAGGAAUGGUACAAAGGUUUUCUCAGAGACUGUCCAAGUGGACAUCUGUCCAUGGAGGAAUUUAAGAAAAUCUAUGGGAAUUUUUUUCCUUAUGGGGACGCUUCUAAAUUUGCUGAACAUGUGUUCCGUACAUUUGAUGCAAACGGCGAUGGAACAAUAGAUUUCAGAGAAUUUAUCAUAGCUUUGAGUGUAACGUCACGAGGGAAACUGGAGCAAAAGCUGAAGUGGGCAUUCAGUAUGUAUGACCUGGACGGAAAUGGAUACAUCAGCAAAGCAGAAAUGUUAGAAAUAGUCCAGGCAAUCUACAAGAUGGUUUCUUCAGUUAUGAAGAUGCCGGAAGAUGAAUCAACACCAGAGAAAAGAACUGAGAAAAUCUUUCGCCAGAUGGAUACCAACAGAGAUGGAAAACUUUCUCUGGAAGAGUUCAUUCGAGGAGCCAAGAGCGACCCAUCUAUUGUUCGUCUCCUUCAAUGUGAUCCCAGCAGUGCCGGACAGUUUUAAAACUGAUGUUUGUAUUACUUUGUGUCUUUCUGGUUUGUUUCUUUUGUCUCAUAUGUCUCUUUGCCAGAACAACAUUCAUGGGUGGUGUUGCCUUUUAAAGGCUACCUUUGCCUUCUUUUGUGGCAUUAUUUGCUUUCCUCGUGGCCAGCCAUGAAGAUGUUGUGCUUACACUCUCUCUAAAAUGCAUUCUGGAUUACAGAGAGUGCAACUGUCACAACCGUGUCCUUUUUCAAAUUGUAAUUAGUGCGGCCUGUGUGCCACUGAGUAUGAAUAGGAUUUAUUUCCUAAUUGGAUUAAUGCCUUAAGUCAUGUCUAGUUUGCCAAUUCCAAGCUGGCUCUAAAACUCUGUAAGAUCUGAGGCACAUGUGGAGAAGACUGAAGUCAGCCAAUAACUGCCAUCAAUCAAUCAAAUCUUUCUUAUGGUCAGAGACCAGCAUAAGGAGGAUGGGAUACAGUCAAUUUAAAAGCAUAGAACAUACAUCAAGUAAUUAUUAAAAAAAACCCAAAGCUAUAAAACAAAGUA